CCCUCCCCCUCUCCAUCUCCGACCGCAUGUUCAUCACCUUCGGCCUCAGCCUCACUCCUUGUUCCUCCGACCAGCCCCAAUGCCAAGGCUUCGCCUUGUCCGCCAACAUGAACAACGUCUCCUUCCGUUUCCCCACCAACAUUUCCCUGCUCGAAGCCCAUUUUAAUGGAGUCGAGGGAGUUUACACGAGGGACUUCCCUGAUCGCCCGCCUCUGGUUUUUGAUUACACGAACCCGAACGUGAACGCGGUCGGGACAUCGCUUCAGCUGUCGGAGAAGGGGACGAAGGUGAAGAGGUUGAGGUUUAAUUCGACGGUGGAGAUUGUGUUGCAGAAUACGGCGGUGCUUGCCAGCGAUAGCCAUCCCAUACAUUUGCACGGGUUUAAUUUCUACGUGUUGGCGCAGGGGUUUGGGAAUUAUAAUCAUACGGAGGCGGUGGAGAAGUUUAAUUUGUGGAAUCCGCAGGUGAGGAAUACCAUUGCUGUGCCUGUGGGAGGUUGGGCUGUUAUUCGGUUCUGGGCUGAUAAUCCUGGGAUUUGGUUCAUGCACUGCCACUUGGACGUUCACCUGCCGCUUGGCCUGGGGAUGGCAUUCGAGGUGGAGAACGGGCCCACGCCGUCGUCGACGUUGCCGCCUCCGCCGCCGGAUUUGCCUCUCUGUUAA